AUGAGUAAGUCUGGGGUCAGCAUCUCCCAGACCGUCCCUGCGUUAUCUUCGCCAACGCAUUCUCCGGUUAAACCAUCUUCAGUAUGGACAAGGGGUCCUCCUCGCUCUCUAUCCACCUCGCUCAGCGUUGCCACGCCCAGCUUGGCUACGCCAGUCACUCCCGGGUCAGCGGCCAGCUCUAUUCCACCGGGUCCUUCAACUCCUUUUACUCCCAUCUCCGCAGAAACCAGCGGGACAGACUCUAAUGUCACAUCUCCAACCAGAACGCCACUCCCUGCCCAGUCCGGCGAGAACCCACCCCGACGGCCGAGGAGAAAUCCAGCAAGAAAGCUUUCAAAUACAGAUGUUGCGAGUGAUUCACCCCCACUCAUCCAUUCCCGCUCAUCCUCUUCAAGAGCUGAUAGUACUGGAGUACUAUCCGGAAGCGAUGUUCCAUCAACACCAAAUUGGAACGCUCUCCUGUCCCAUUCUAAACCCGCACCGCCAAUUUCAACCGAGGCACCUCCCGUCUUUACAGAGUCUAGAAGCAGGUCCAGGACAAGAGAACCUUCACCGGAGAGCGGCGUAAGAGUAGACGCCGAGCAUGUCGUGUUGGAUUUGCCUCCUGUUCCGGCGUAUGCCCCACCCCUUCCUCCGGCACCUACAAAAUCCAAACUCCAGGUGGAUGCGCAACCAUUUGUACCCAUGCCCCGUCGACCGAGCAACGCCAUUGUUAUCAAAAAUGCCCAAGGCGAAGAGGUGAACAUUCGAAGCCUCCAGAUUAAUACUUCUGCUGCGACCCCCUUUGCUCUACCUGUGCCGAGUGCCGUUCGCAUCGAGAGUGAAGAGGAUCGUCAAAGGCGACUUGCAGUUUCCGAAAUGCGAGGCGCAUCAGUAGACAUCGAUUUGGCCUCUGGAGAGGUCGAGAGUCCGACGCAGCUCGACGGUCUGGCAGAGAGCAUGUCAAGUUUGACUGCCCCGGACGAUGGUAGCUCAGCAGGUAUGAAAAGCCCAGACACGGCCGAUGCGACCCAAUCCCAAGUCUUGGAGAUACCCGUCCUGGAGACCAGUCCACCGACUGGUUCCCUGGAUGGCCAGUUCCCUACCUCUGCUACUCCGGCUCCGCCAAUCCGUAUGCGUCGUGAGCGUUCACGACGCUCUUCUCGACGAGCAGACGCAAGUGCUCCUCCAACCGUCAAUGGGCCGCCAGUGGCAGACCUUGCAAAUGCUGGCACCUCCGGCCUCGUUUCCAUGACGCGGACUCGCUCCGGAAAUCUCACGAGAACACGUUCUGGUGAACCGCGCCGACGAAUGCCAGCGCGAUUGGAUCUUUCCGGGAUCCCGAGGCCUAGUGUAGUGAAUACAGGAGCGCUGGCAUCUGCCAUCUCAAACGCACGGAUGAUUACCGAUAUAUCCGCAGUGACAUAUCCUGAAGCGGACGGUAUUUUUGGACCACUAAAGGAGCUCAACGAAGGUACCAGCGACGGCCGGUUUCUAUAUGAUCAAGAAUUUCUCCUCCAAUUCCGUGGGUAUUGCACCGAGCGACCAGAGGGGAUGGCCGAAAUCGAGGAGAUUCAUGCUGAGCCAGUCAUCGAGGCUCCGGCACCAACACGUAGUCGACGCAGGAGAUCUGUUAGGAGCCAUGCAGAAGGCAAUCUCCCAACACCAGCGAUCACUGCGGAUGGCAAUACUUUGACCAUCCCAGCAACCCCUCUAACAGCGGUACCAACCGAAGACGGUGGGCCUAUUGCACCCCUUCCCGCCACGUCUCUUAGCGCCUUUUCGCCCUCGUAUCCACCUAUUUCCAUGGGCCGAACAGGCUCACGAGGUGGCCGGUCGAGAAAUGGAUCCAAUGCCACCAAGCCACCUCUAAGCCUCACGACACCCGUCACUAGUGGAACGCUACCUCCACCAAUUCCAAUGAUGAGAUCGACCUCGCAUGGCUCAUCUAGGCCAGUGAUACAGCCUUCGGGUCUUCCUCCUCCCUCGCCUCUUGACCGACGGUCCAAGAGCUUACGAGCACGGAAGCGCAGCUCUUCAACUCGUACCGAUCAACCUCCUCUCCCCUCUGGCACACGCUCAAUGUUCCCUAAUCCUCCAAUGACACCCGGCUUGGACGACGUCAAGCCACUCGAACACUCGGAGAAUAGGUGGAAAGCAUCUAGCAUACCCACAAAUCGCACUGGGAUUCUCGACCGCACCAUUCUUUCUGGCUCGUCUGUUCCUGAGGUCGAGCCUUUGGAGGUGGUGGAACGAAAGGUCAAAGCCCUGCUCAACAAGUUAACGAUGGAAAAGUUUGAUUCCAUCUCCGAUCAAAUUGUUGCAUGGGCCAACAAAUCGGAAUCCGAGACGGACGGGCGGACAUUGACGCUAGUCAUUCGACUCGUCUUUGACAAGGCGACCGACGAGGCAACAUGGUCCAGCAUGUACGCGGCAUUGUGCAAGAAGAUGCACGAACAACUCAGCCCAAACGUGAUGGACGAAAGCGUUCGGGAUAAACAUGGCCAGCUCGUGGUUGGUGGCCAACUUUUCCGACAGUAUCUACUGUCACGGUGUCAAGCCGACUUUGAGCGUGGAUGGUCGACUCGAGAAACCCUAGAGGAACAGCAGUCUGCUGCCGCUGCUGCAUCUGGAGUUGCACCUGGAGAAGAAGUCUUUUCUGAUGAAUACUAUGCGCUUCAGAAGGCCAAGCGCAGGGGUCUCGGUCUCGUAAAAUUCAUUGGAGAGCUCUUCAAGCUGCAGAUGCUCACCGAGCGUAUCAUGCAUCGGUGCAUUCUCAAGUUGCUAGAUGAACCAGUGGAGGAAGACAUUGAGAGCGUCUGCCAACUUCUCAAAACGGUUGGGUUGGCGCUCAAUGCGAGAACUAUCGCAGGAUCAACAAUCUCUCAGAGAAUUCGCUUUAUGCUCCUGGAUGUGAUUGACCUGCGAGCCCGUAACUGGAUCCCAAAAACACAAAUCGCGGCACCUACAACGCUCGCAGAGAUCCACGAAGCCGCUGCCAAGGAGUCAGGCGAUAAAACAUCUGUCAAGCCGAUCCCUAUCGCCAGAGGGAGUUCGCGACGUGGGCAGAAUCGUUCACACACGGGAACGCAGCGUGAUCCGGAAGCCUCCUGGAUACCGUCCAGCCAGUUAGGGCGCUCUGUUGGCAAGGCUGGUGGCGUCUCUUUGACGUCUACAGUUGGCUCCACGAGCACUGUCGCUGAUUCGCUGAGGUCCCCAAUCAGCGCAAAGUCUCCACCUCCCACAUCUGGAAUUCACUCGAUGAGCAGGCUGUCCUCAGAGCCUGGUACGACCCGCAUGACGCGCAAUCCAUCGGAACCCGGCAGGACACGCUCCCGUCGAGGUGGAGAUCGAGGAGGAGAUACCCGCCAGGUUAACCGAAGAACGAGUGUCGAUCUUGUUCAGUUGGAUGCAGCUGUUGAAGCGGGUAGUGCCGGUCGCAAGCGUCUCCAGCUUUUGCCUCGUACAAUCGGCAGCAUACCAAAUACAACAGAAGGUGACCAGCCCUCAGAGGCUCUACUUAGUUCCACUGUUGAAGAGCCACCAUCGAUGACAGAAGAUCAGGCAAAGGCAAAGGUGGAAGAGGACAUCAAGGAAUUCUUGCAAAUCCGUGACCUCAAUGAGGCCGUCGGCUACUUUGAGUCGAUGCCUUCCAAUUAUCGGCAUCUCCUUGUGGACAAAUUUGUUUCCAAGAUGGACUCGAAGGACUCAGACGUCGCUCUCAUCAUGGAACUCUUUUCUCUUGCGUCCACCUCUGGGGCAUGCUCACCCACAGCGUUUGAGCAGGGUUUCUUGCCGACAGUAGAGGCUCUUGAUGACAUCUCACUUGAUGUGCCAAAUGCCUAUCCGGUCAUGGCGCGCCUCCUGCGAGCAUCCAAUCUUUCUCGUGAAACCGUUAUACGGCUUGCUGCCUCCAUUAGUAUCUAUGGUGACUUCGUUGUACAUCCCAAGGAGAAACUCCUCGCCGAGUUUGAUGCCACCUCCUAA